AUGUGUAAAUCACGACAGAAACCUUAUCAAUGGCUGAUGAGGACGAUCAUCCUUUUGGAACUUGCAAAAAAUGUUUGGCCCGCAAACGAUGUCAAGGAGCUUCUUGAACGAGGUCAACCGAGCGAAGAUAUAGAGAACCGGUACACAACUCUCGCGCAGACCAGGGCUGCAACAUCAGAGGGGCCAAUAUACUUGAACCCUAAAUAUCGAUCGGAGUCGCCAGCUUCGUUUCGAGGGAGUGAUGGACACCGUAUGCCCGUCAUCCCUCAUGCUGGCCUCACCGAACCCACUCCAAUACGUGCACAUCCUGAGCUCCCCCAAGUGCGACCCACUGAGACGGAUCCAAGACAUUUGGAAAGUGGGACGACGCUGGGGGGGAGUCAUGCGGCUCCGAAUUCAUCUAAUCCUUCCGACCCCUCCUCUAUCUGGCAGACCGUCGUUGAGCGUGCUACCUCCCACGAUAACCAGUUGGUCAAGGACUGGCAGAAAUCCAUGAAUGUCCUCCUUAUCUUCGCUGCAUUGUUCGCAGGCAUCCUCACAGCCUUCUUGAUCGAAUCUACCAAGCGGUUGGAGGGGAAUUAUUCGGAAAAAACGGUGGUAUUGUUGCGGCAGAUUGCGCAAAACCUAAACAAUACCUUACCUACUUAUGUCCCACCAGAACCGCGGAGAUCCACAUCUACUCUGCUUCUUAUCAACCGUCUAUGGUUCUCUUCUCUUUCCUUGACCCUUGGAUCUGCAGUCGGUGCUAUGGUCGUUAAACAAUGGUUAUAUGAGUACAGGAAGGAUUUAAAAUUUCAGUUCCGGGACCAUACAUCGCGGGGACGGUACCAACGGGGGGCUCGCCUUCGUGAAUUCCGCUACAAUGGGCUUUUGAGGUGGUAUGUGCCAGAGAUCAUUGGGUUCUUUCCCAUUGCGCUACACGCUGCUUUACUGCUCUUCUGGGUGGGACUCGUCCAUUAUUUGUGGGAACUUGACCUCUAUACAUCCAUCCUCGUCCUUGUCACCGCUGGGACUGCCCUUGUGGCCUACAUUAUAUCCAUGAUCCUUCCUUCUAUAUUCACAGGAUGUCCCUAUAAGACGCCCAUCUCACACCUUAUUUCCAACACAAAUCGUGCAAUUUGGAUCAUACUCAAUCGCUGGCCCAAACCCGAACCUACCGAUCUAAGCGAGGAAAAGAAGAUAAAGGCUCGGUUCCGGGAUGCCAUUCGUGUUCACCGAGUUCUAUGGGAAGAUGAGAAGGAGGUGGUGGAACGCCACGCACCCGAUUUGGCCAAGAAAUGCCUUGAACGCCUGAGAGCAUCUACGAUGAGCGAAGCAAUUGUCGCCCUGGUCACGGAAGAACUUCAGAGACUCUCACACACCACACCACACCAUCCCAUAUCUAUUCCUCAGCAUGCCACCUACAAUAUCACUUCAGGGAUAACUGCCGUGAACGGUGACCUUGGGACCUUCUUUUCUGUUGAAGGCCAGGGUCGCGUUCCGUUAUUGUUUGAUCUCCAGCUCCCCAACUCACAGUGUAGUUCCGACACUUCAUAUAGUCACUCUGAGCUACCGCGUCUCGGGUUUGGAAUCAAUAUCGCUGCCCACACUAGCACAGGAACAGGGCUGCUAUCACCAUACUAG